AUGUUGGUCACCGCUACGAGUCAAUCUAAUCGGUUGUGGGUUUACAGGCUCCAUACAGCAUCGGAAGAAUACCACUAUUCGCUCAGCAAGAAAAAGGACUCGGAAGCCCUUGGAGAGGGCGAAAAACUGCUUCCUAUAGAUGCACUCGGAAUUGUGAUGAUCAAACAUGGCGAAGAGUUUGGCGAAGACUCUGCAUUUGGUACAUCGCUUGUGAGCUUGGGUCGCGCACAUUGUCAGGUCGCAACACUUCAAGAGACUUUCGCAAUGACCUUCGAAGACACAUACCUCGCUUCUUUGCGACUAACUGAGGAUGAGAUUAAGGAGUACCAAGCGCAGCGAAAGAAGCUCGAGAGUAGGCGCCUAAGUUAUGAUGCAGCCCUGAGCAAACUUGACAAGGUCAAGAACAGCAAGAAGGACAAAGACAGGAAUGAAGCUGAAGAUGAAUGUGAGAACGCGAGAUCACGCUAUGAAGAAACGGCAGAGGACGUGCGCGCACGAAUGCAUGCGAUACAAGAGAACGAAGUCGCACAACUUCACGAUCUCACGGCCCUUGUCGACUUAGAAUUGAACUUUGUAGAGCAGUAUCUGCAGGUCCUGCGCGAGGUGAAGUCCACCUGGGUAGAGGAGGCCGUAGUAAGACGGAUGGAAGCAACCCGCCCAAAGGGGCCGAUGCAUGUUUUCGCACGUACAGUAGAAGACUUGCGUGCCGAAUCCGUCAAGUCCACGAAAUCAGCCAUGAAGAAUUCAGCUCUUGCCGACUCAUCGGAUGAUGCAGAAGAAACCACCCCUGCUCCGCGUUCGCGUGGUUUCUCUCUCAGUCGUAGGAAGUCGGAAGCGAGCAAUAGCAAGCCCCCAUCGCGGGCACCUUCCCGUCCUCAGUCACGAGCUUCUCGCAAGCGCUCAGACAGUACGGCCACCGCUAUGAGUGACAAAGAAAAAGAGAAGGCUGAAAGGGUGUCGCGCAAGUUAAGCGUCGCCGGUUGGGCUUCCAGUGCGGCAAGUGCAGUGAGUUCUGUGGCGAGUCGCGGGAAGAAGGACAAAGAUAAGGACAAUUUUUCCGCUCUGCGCGAUGAUCAUGAUGAGAGCAGCGACGAGGAACGUAGUGAUGAUUGGGGAGAUACGAGACGGCCCCCUAGUGCGCUGUCUUCGUCUUCGCAUAAGUCAAGACAUCGCGGAAGCAAGAGCGGUGCCUCCACCCCAAGCACGUCACCGCAAAAGCCGGCGCGCAUCUCGAAAUCUCCGUAUGGUGUCACCCCGGUCAAAGAUACGCGGAAGGUAGUCAUGGCGCUACACGACUUCGCUGCAGCCUCCUCUGACGAGCUGAGCUUCCGAUCGGGUGACCGAAUUGCUGUCGUGAACGAAGUCCUCGAUGGGUGGUGGAUGGGGGAGCUUGCAGGCAGGCGCGGCCUAUUCCCCACUACGUACACGGAAGCUCUCUCUUCAACGGGCUCUUUGCCAUCUGCUCCACAGCUACCACUGCGUCCUCCCGAGAUGUUGAAGCAAGGCGAGGGCUCGAGCGCGCCUGGGACACUUACGAUCGAUGCAGACGAGGGCAGACGAAAGUAUUUCGGCAAGCGCGACUUCGGCGCGAGCUCAGACGAGGAGCAUCCUUUCGGUGAUCACAAUCUCGCUGACAGCCAGACCCCUACGUACGGUCGGUUCGGCUCACGAGAUACACUAAGUAGCACGGGCGAGGAUGACGAAGAGCGGCUGAUGCCACAACGGCUAUCUGAUUUCGAUGAAGAUGCAGUGUACGUUAAGCGGCCAUCUGAGCGGUCAAGCCCUGUGCUGCGUCCAAGUGAUCUCCCAGUACACACAACGCCGACAAAGAAGCCCCCUCCGCCCCCGCCUCCUCGCCGUUUUCCAGGUCAUAUCACCGCGGCGCCGACACCCCCACCCAUACCCAGUAGGCCCUUAACACUCAAUUCCAAGUCGUCUCAAUCCAGCUCAAAUUCUUUGCUUGCUAUGGCUGCCAUGCCUACCCUGCCCUCAAACGCGGACGUCCUUACCCACUCGCCUUUCGACAGUCCAAAGGACAUAUGGUGA